CUCCCCAAGGCAGGGGAGCUGGCACGGCAGCCCCCCACCCACCCUGAGGAGACAGAGGAGGAGCUGACGGAGCAGCAAUCACCCCCUCCAGGCGAGGGGGGGCCCCCUGGCCCCCCCCUCACCCUCAUCUCCCCGGAGGCUGAGGACCCCCCGGAGCAGCUGCAGGACCCCGAGGGCUGCCAGGGGACAGGGGACAGCGAGGAUGAGGCUGAGGGCGCCGGGUACCCCAACGUCACUGAGCUGGGGGUCACCUACAAGCAGGUGUACCCCGAGGCACCGCUGCAGCUUUACCCCACGCCCCCUCUGGGGGUCCUGGCACUGUCCCACCCGGCCCUCGCCCGCACCCAGUCGUCCCCCGCCAGCGUCAAGCCCCCUGUGCCCGAGGGGCCCCCCAAGCACCUCUUCACCACAGGCGUGGUGUACGACACGUUCAUGCUGAAGCACCAGUGCACCUGUGGGAACACCACGAUCCACCCGGAGCACGCCGGCCGCAUCCAGAGCAUCUGGUCCCGGCUCCAGGAGACCGGCCUGCUCGGGAAGUGUGAGCGGAUCCGGGGCAGGAAGGCGACGCUGGAGGAGAUCCAGACGGUGCACUCAGAGCACCACGCGCUGCUCUACGGCACCAGCCCCCUCAACCGCCAGAAACUGGACAGCAAGAAGCUGCUGGGUCCCAUCACGCAGAAGACAUACGCGGUGCUGCCAUGCGGGGGCAUCGGGGUGGACAGUGACACGGUGUGGAACGAGCUGCACUCGUCGAGCGCGGUGCGCACGGCUGUGGGCUGCCUGCUCGAGCUGGCCUUCAAGGUGGCUGCAGGCGAGCUCAAGAACGGCUUUGCGGUCAUCCGCCCCCCGGGCCACCACGCCGAGGAGUCCACAGCCAUGGGCUUCUGCUUCUUCAACUCAGUGGCAAUCUCGGCCAAGCUGCUGCAGCAGCGGCUCAGCGUGGGCAGGAUCCUCAUCGUGGACUGGGACAUCCACCAUGGGAAUGGGACCCAGCAGGCCUUCUACAGUGACCCCCACGUGCUCUACAUCUCCUUGCACCGCUACGACGAUGGCAACUUCUUCCCGGGCAGUGGGGCCCCUGAGGAGGUGGGCAGUGGGCUGGGAGUGGGCUACAACAUCAACAUUGCCUGGACUGGCGGCGUGGACCCCCCGAUCGGGGACGUGGAGUAUCUGACUGCCUUCAGGACGGUGGUGAUGCCCAUCGCCAAGGAGUUCUCCCCAGACCUGGUGCUGGUCUCCGCUGGCUUCGACGCCGUCGAGGGCCACCUGUCCCCGCUCGGUGGCUACUCUGUCACCGCCAAGUGUUUUGGACACCUGACGAAGCAACUGAUGAUGCUGGCGGGGGGCCGGGUGGUGCUGGCGCUGGAGGGGGGCCACGACCUGACGGCCAUCUGCGACGCCUCCGAGGCUUGUGUCUCUGCCCUGCUCGGCCUGGAGCUGGAGCCCCUGGAUCCAUCCCUGCUGCAGCAGAAGCCAAAUGUGAAUGCGGUGGCCACACUGGAGAAGGUCAUCGAGAUCCAGAGCAAGCACUGGGGGUCCGUGCGGCGUUUCGCAGCGGCCGUGGGCCGAUCCUUGCUGGAGGCCCAGCGCAGGGAGGCCGAGGAGGCCGAGACGGUGACGGCCAUGGCCCUGCUCUCAGUGGGCGCCGAGCAGGCCGGGGGAGACACUCAGCCCAGGCCAGUGGAGGAGCCGAUGGAGGCUGAGCCUACGCUCUGACCCACCCGCAUCGUUCCCGUCUCUGAAAAAACCAAGAAACACCCAGAAGAGACGAAAAAACUCACACACACACACACACACACACA